GUGGACAUUGAAGGUCCUGAGGGGAAACUGAAGGGCCCCAAGUUCAAGCUGCCCGAGAUGCACAUCAAGGCGCCCAAGGUCUCCAUGCCUGACCUCGAUCUGAACCUGAAAGGUCCCAAAAUCAAAGGAGACGUAGACAUGGCCGUGCCGGGAGUCGAGUGUGAGCUCAAAGGUCCUGAGGUCAAUGUUGGAGUUCCUGCCUUAGAGCUCGGAGCCCCCGAUGUCAACGUUGACAGCCCGGAGUGUAAAUUCAAGCUGCCCAAAUUCAAAAUGCCCAAGUUCUCCAUGCCUGGCUUUAAAGGGGAGGGUGUGGACGUGGACGUGAACCUCCCCAAGGGAGACCUCGACCUUUCAGGCCCCAGCCUAGAAGCUCCUGAUCUUAACGUGGAUGGCAACGUCAAAGGUCCCAAAUUCACGAUGCCUGAGAUGAACAUCAAGGCUCCCAAGGUCGACUUUAACAUCAAGGGGCCUCAGCUGAAAGGAGACGUAGGUCUUUCCUCACCUGGCCUUGAAGGUGACUUCAAAGCCCCCCACAUUGACGUGAAAGCCCCCAAGCUGGACGUUGAGGGUCCCGAUGUGACCAUUGAAGGCCCUGAAGGGAAACUCAAAGGCCCCAAGUUCAAGAUGCCCGAGAUGCACAUCAAGGCGCCCAAGUUCUCCAUGCCCGACGUUGACUUCAACCUGAAGGGCCCCAAGCUGAAGGGAGACAUCGAGGUCUCCGCACCCAAGCUGGAAGGGGAUCUCCAGUGUCCCGACGUUGACAUCAAAGGCCCCAAGUUGGACAUUCAAGCGCCUGAUGUGACCAUCGAAGGGCCCGAAGGAAAAGUGAAAGGCCCUAAGUUCAAAAUGCCAGAAAUGCAUGUGAAGACCCCCCAGAUCUCCAUGCCGGACAUCGAUUUGAACCUGAAGGGCCUGAAGAUGAAAGGAGACGCCGACCUUCACGGCCCGAAGCUUGAGGGAGGUCUGAAGGGUCCUGAAGUCGACGUCAAGGGCCCCAAAGUCACCAUUGAGGGCCCAGAGGUUGACGUCGAUGGUCUGGAAGGAAAAAUCAAGAUGCCUAAAAUGAAGCUGCCCAAGUUGGGCUUCAAAGGAGAAGGUCCCGACGUUGACGUGAAGCUGCCAAAGGCCGAGGUUGAUCUUGAGGGCCCCAAGGUUGACAUUGGCGUCCCAGAGGUGAGCGUCGAAGGUCCUGAGGGCAAACUGAAAGGUCCUAAAAUGAAGAUGCCCGAAAUGCACGUGACUGUUCCCAAGAUUUCAAUGCCCGAGAUCGACUUGAGCCUGAAAGGCCACAAAACGAAGGGUGGCUUCGACCUUUCGACACCAAAGAUCGAAGGCAACCUCAAAGGUCCUGAAGUCGAGCUCAAGGGCCCCGAAUUCGGAGUCAAAAGCCCCGAAGUCGACGUCGAAUGUCCUGACCUCAACGUCGAAGGCCCGGAGGCAAACGUCAAAUUCCCCAAGUUCAAGAAAUCAAAGUUUGGGUUUGGGAUGAAAAGCCCGAAAGCCGAAAUCAAGGCACCGGCAGCGGAAGUGGAUUUACCAGAGGUGGAGCUCAACGUGGAGUCGCCCGACAUCAGCGUUGGCGGAAAGGGGAAGAAGAGCAAGUUCAAGAUGCCCAAAAUUCACAUGAGCGGCCCCAAGGUCAAAGGGAAAAAAGGCGGCUUCGACGUCAACGUGGCCGGUGGAGACCUCGACGCGAAUCUGAGAUCUCCCGACCUGGACGUCAACGUCACCGGCCCAGAUGUGACGCUAAAAGGUGGCGACGCGGCAGUCAAGUCCCCCAAAGGGAAGAAACCCAUGUUUGGGAAAAUCUCCUUCCCUGACGUCGAGUUUGACCUGAAAUCGCACAGAUUCCGGGCAGAGGCCUCCGUCCCCAAAAUCGAAGGGGAUCUCAAAGCGCCCGACCUCGAUGUCAAAGGCCCGAAUCUCAACGUCGACCUCGACGCUUCCGUGAACAAACCGAAGCUCCAACUUCCCGGCGGGCAGGUGCAAAUCGAGGGUGACCUGAAAGGACUCGACGUCAACGUCCCCUCGCUCUCGGGGCCGGAGGUCGGCUUCGACGUGAAAGGACCAAAAGUAAAAGGUGGAGUCGGCGUUCCUGGAGUAGAACUGGAAGGUCCCGAAAUAAAGCUCAAAGGGCCCCAAAUCUCUGGCCUGGCUUUUGAUGGAAACCUCCAAGGACCAAAACUGGAUGUUUCGAGCUCCGUGGAAGGGCCCAACGUCACCGUGGACGUGCCAGGUGUCGACAUCGGAAGUUUGGGAGGGAAGGUGAAGCUGCCCAAGGUGAAAUCACCGACGCUGGAGGCGCCGGAGCUGAGCGUGAAAGGAGGCGUCGACUCCUCCAUCCGCCCGCUGGAGGUGGACGUGAAAGGUUUGGAUGUCAACCUGAAAGGACCAAAGGUGAAAGGAGAUCUUGACGUUUCCGCCACCGUCCAAUCCCCCAAAGCUUCGGCGGACGCGUCUGAUGUUGGUUUGGAGAUCUUGGGUGGGACGAUCAAGCUCCCGUCCCUCAAGCUCCCCCAGUUCGGUAUUUCCAGCCCCGGGGUGAAUGGGGCCGACGUUGGUCUUGAAGGUCCCCAAGUGAAAGGUUUGGAAGGACCCGAUGUGGAACUGAAAGGGCCGAAAUUUCAAGCGCAGUCACCAGACGUUGACCUGAAGCUGAAAGGACCAAGCCUCCGGGGCGGCGUAGACAUCGCCG